GCUGCGGUGAGGAUGGAUACCCGGCUAUCUCCCCCCAGGUACCCGCUGCUGGUGCUGCUCUGCGCGGUGUGCGCGCUGUCGGGGACCCGGAGCCCCGCGGCUGCUGCGGGGAGGAGCUGCGCCGACACCCGGCAGGUGUACGCGGAGAAGGGGUACAGCACUGGCACCGCUCCGCUUACUCAAAUAUCCGGUGAGCACCUGCGACUCUGUCCUCAGGACUACACCUGCUGCUCCAGUCAGAUGGAGGAGACACUGGCGCUGCAGAGCGAGAGGGACUUCCUCAAGGCCGUCGAGGAGAACAGCCAGUUCCUUUUGACUACUUUCACCCAGAGGCACCGCAGGUUUGAUGAGUUCUUCAGAGAGCUGAUAGACUUAUCGGAGAAGUCUAUGAACCAAAUGUUCACCAAGACCUACGGCCGGCUCUUCACGCAGAACGCACUCGUCUUCCAGGAGCUGUUUGUGGAGCUGCGCAGAUAUUAUUCUGGGGGCAGCAUCAGUCUGUCGGAGGUUCUCUCAGACUUCUGGUCCAGACUGGUGGAGCGAGUCUUCUCUCUGGUGAACCCCCAGUAUCAGUUUAGUGAGGACUACCUGGAGUGUGUCAGCAAACAUGCUGAGCAGCUGCAGCCGUUUGGGGAUGUGCCCCGCAGACUGCGCGUACAAGUGUCGAGGGGUUUCAUUGCAGCCAGAGCUUUAUCUCAGGGCUUGGCUACUGGUCGGGAUAUUGUUAACAAAGCAACAAAGCUGACUGCAGAUUCAGAGUGCGUGCGUGGCCUGAUGCGUCAGUGGUACUGCCCUCUGUGUCGAGGUAUGCCCUCCCUGCGGCCCUGCCACUCCCUGUGCCUUAACGUGAUGAAAGGCUGCUUAGCCAAUCAGGGCGACCUGGACACCGAAUGGAACAAUUUCAUUGAUGCUCUGUACCUGGUCUCAGAGAAGCUGGAGGGGCCGUUCAACAUGGAACUUGCAGCUGACUCCAUCUCCGUGAAAGUGUCGGAGGCCAUCAUGCACAUGCAGGAAAACAGCGUCAGCAUCUCCACUAAGGUGUUUCAAGGCUGUGGAAGCCCCAGGCCAGCUCCAGGACGGUCCAAACGCUCACCCAAAGAGUCAGGAGGCAACAGGAGGCCGUUCCGCACGUACAGUCCUGAGGAGAAACCCACCACUGCUGCAGGCACCAACCUGGACCGACUGGUUACCGAGCUGAAGGAGCGACUGCGGCCCAUGCGUGGCUUCUGGGUGUCCCUCCCACACACCAUCUGCAACGAUGAGAAGAUGGCUGCCGACGUCACUAAUGAGGACCGCUGCUGGAACGGGCAGACCCGGGGGAGGUACCUGCCAGAUGUGACGGGUGACGGGCUGGUCAGCCAGAUCAACAACCCCGAGGUGGAAGUGGACAUCGCCAGGCCGGAUGUGAGGACCAGACAGCUGAUCAUGGAGCUGAGGGUGGUGACCAACAAACUGAGACAAGCUCAGAGUGGACAGGACAUGGACUUCAUGGACAGUGAGGAGGGCAGUGGCUCAGGAGGCGGAGAUCAGGGUGAAAGGUACAAUGAUGACUGGCCCGGCUACGGGCCAUACUCUCCGCCCUACAACAAACCACCUCGCAGUAACCCGGCAACCAACCCGGCAAAGCCGCCUCGAGUCCGAGAGAGAAAUGGGUCUAAGUGGAACAGAAACAACGGUCAUGGACGGGUCAGAUCUGCAAGCAGCCAGCUCUCUUUCUCUCUGCUUCCUUUGUUGUCUUUGCCGUUCGUGGUCACUGUGGCCCCCAUGUGGAGAUAGCUGCUUACUACAGUCUGGAGGUUUUCUGUCAUGCCGGAGUCUCAAGCACAUUAUGAAGAAAGAAAAGUCAUUCCAUUUGGUUACACCAGCAGAAAAAAAACAAGACAAAAACAGGCUAAUUUAGCAAUAAUCAAAAACCUGUUUAAAGCACAAAUAGAUAGGUAAAGUGAAUAUUUUUCCUACAGCCCCAGCCACAAAAAAAGGCACUGUUGUACCAGGCAUUGAUGAUUACAAACAAUACUUAAUGAGUACUGCCAUUUUUUAGUGCCAUUCGUUUGAUGUAUUGGAGUCUGGGUGCUGAAUGGUUAAUAGAGAAACAAAAAGUACAACAG